UCCAGUAAACCCAAUUUACGUGUAUUACGCCAAUUUACGUAAAAACUGCAGUAAAUCCAUUAAUCUUCUACUCCGUAUAGCAAAAUUACGAUUAGGGUUUUUGGAUCGCAGCUGCUCUUGAUCCGAAUUUUCAGCAACCAUGGUUCUCAAGACUGAACUUUGCCGCUUUAGUGGUGCCAAGAUUUAUCCUGGGAAAGGAAUCAGAUUUGUGCGUGCAGAUUCUCAGGUUUUCCUGUUUGCACAAUCAAAAUGCAAGAGGUACUUUCAUAACCGUUUGAAGCCUGCCAAGCUCACGUGGACUGCUGUGUACAGAAAACAGCACAAGAAGGAUCAUGCCCAAGAGGCUGUUAAGAGGAAGAGACGCACCACAAAGAAGCCUUAUUCUAGAUCUAUUGUGGGUGCAACCUUAGAGGUAAUCCAGAAGAAAAGAGCCGAAAAGCCAGAAGUCCGUGAUGCCGCAAGGGAGGCUGCUCUCCGUGAAAUUAAGGAAAGGAUAAAAAAGACAAAAGAUGAAAAGAAGGCAAAGAAGGCAGAAGUGAUGGCCAAGUCAAAUAAGGCAGGGAAGGUCCCCAGAAGUGCUACACAGGCCAAGGGUCCUAAGAUUGGAGGAGGCGGCGGAAAACGCUGAGCUAGGUGUUCUUUUUAGUUCGCUUAGAGAAAUAUGAAGAAUCACCAAGGGUUAUUUUAUGUUCAUUUCAUCACUUCAAAAUUUUGAUCUUGGCCAUAAACUCGUCACAGGUUGUUAGGCCUUUUGAUUGCCACAUUUAGCUAUUUGUCUUUCUGCCGCCCUGCAUUGAACAUGAAUUUCUUUAUUCAACAGAAAAAAGAAUUACACAAUCUGUAUAGUGGUCAUUUAUUAAAGAUGCCUUAACCCUGUUAUUUCUCUUUACGUCCAAACAUAGUUCAGUUUACCUUGCAUCAACCGAGGUAGACUUAUUCGGUUAUGUCUUUCCUUGAUCUUUGUUGAUUCUGC